GUCACAUCGGGUGAAAGUUCAACUGUUUGAGAGGGCUGUGUGUGGAGCUUGGUGUGUGAGGCUCCUCUGCAUAUCCAGGCUUUACCUAGGAGCUGACUGAAAUACCAAGUGUAACUACAUAAAGCACCUUUGCUAUGGUGUCCAUACCGGCGCAGUGGUUGCCCCACUGGGAGACCGGUUACCUGCGGACCGCCUGCCUGACCGUGCUGGUUGCCGUGGCCGUUCAGCUGGUGUUCAGGUUCCUCCGUGCGUUGCUAUGGAAACGGUACAUUCAGAAAGUUCUGGCACCAUUCCCAGGACAACCUGCACACUGGCUGUUUGGUCAUAUGAGAGAGGUCCGGCCGGAUGAAACCGGUUUCACCAUCGUGCCACAGUGGGCAGCGAAGUUCAAGUUUGCCUUCCCGCUCUGGAUCGGGCCGUUCCGCGUGGUUCUCAGCCUCGUACAUCCCGACUACAUCAAGGAGAUCGUCAACUCACCAGAACCAAAGGACAGGGUGUCAUAUGCCUGGCUGAAACCAUGGAUAGGUGACGGGUUGUUGGUCAGCGAGGGACAGAAAUGGUUUCGCAACCGGCGCCUCCUCACGCCGGGGUUUCACUUCGACGUGCUGAAGCCUUACGUCAAGGUCUUCUCUGAAUGUACCAACAUCAUGCUGGACAGGUGGGCAGACCUGGCACCUGGUACACCUGUGGAGAUGUUCCACUACGCCAGCGCCAUGACGCUGGACAGCCUGAUGCGAUGUGCGCUCAGCGUGCGCUCGGACUGCCAGCGGGACAGCGACGGGAGUCCGUACAUCCGCGCCGUGUACGACCUGACGAAGUGCGUGGUGGAGCGAGGUCGCUUCCCGCCGUUUCACAUUCCCCUCAUCUUCCACCUCAGUCCAACUGGCUUUAGGUUUCGAAAAGCGUGUAAGACUGCUCAUGACUUCUCUGAUGAAGUCAUCAGAAAGAGGCGGGCAGAGCUCCAACAGCAAGGCUGUCAUCAGAAUGACACAGCGAACAGCUCGGAAGAUGGGGGCAAGAAACGAUACCUGGACUUCUUGGACAUACUGCUACAAGCUAGGGAUGAAGACGGAAAGGGUUUGUCGGAGCGAGAGAUCCGUGACGAGGUGGACACCUUUAUGUUCGAGGGCCACGACACCACGGCGAGCGGUGUGUCCUGGAUCCUCUACAACCUGGCCAAACACCCGGCCUGCCAGGACAGGUGUCGCGCAGAGGUGGACGCAGUGCUGCAGGGGAGGGCAGAGGUCAAAUGGGAGGACCUGUCCAAGCUGCCCUACACCACCAUGUGUAUUAAGGAGAGUCUGCGGAUGCACUCCCCUGUCCCGGGGGUCACACGACUCACCACACAGCCACACACCUUUCCUGAUGGGAGAAGCAUCCCCGCAGGUCAGCACAUGUUAUAUUAA